AUGUCUAGUGUAGUAGAUACUCUUGUGGAAAUGGGAUUCAGUAAACAGAAAGCUGAAAUAGCAGUGGCCAAAACAGCCAGCCAAGAUUUACAGGUCGUUAUGGAUUGGAUUAUAUCGCAUGAAGACGAACUAGAAAGUCUAACAUCUAGUAUAUCAGAUUCAGUACCAGUCUCGGCACCAGUAGAAGUAGAACAGCCAGCUAAUGUGAGCACUUCUGAAAACAAUGUUGAAAUGGCCCCUGUGGAAGGUUCUGAGGAACCUUCACCCAUAGCCAAAUCAAUAAGGUGUGAUGAUUGUCAGAAAUUAUUCAAGUCCAAUGAGGAGGUUGAGUUCCAUGCUGCUAAGUCUGGUCAAAGUAACUUUUCCGAGUCCACCGAGGAAAAGAAACCGCUCACCGAUGCCGAGAAGAAAGAGCAAUUGGCGAAAAUCGAGGCGAAGCUGCGGCAACGUCGCUUGGAGCGCGAGGCCAGAGAAAAGGAGGAACCCCUUUUGAGGGAGAAGAACCGCAUCAAUAACUUUUCCGAGUCCACCGAGGAAAAGAAACCGCUCACCGAUGCCGAGAAGAAGGAGCAGCUGGCGAAAAUCGAGGCGAAGCUGCGGCAACGUCGCUUGGAGCGCGAGGCCAGAGAAAAGGAGGAAGCCCUCUUGAGGGAGAAGAACCGCAUCAAGUCCGGCAAAGAGAUGCUGGAGGCGAAGAAGAGGCACGAAGAGUUGGAGAUGAAGAAGAUCAUCGAGCAGAGGAAGAGGGAGAAGGAGGAGGAGAGGUUGGCCAAGCAAAGGGUCAGGGACCAGAUAGAACAGGACAAGCUGGCGAGAAAAGCGAAAUUUAGCGGCGCCGCCUCUGAACCCCCAGUUGCCCCGCCCGUCACCACGCCUGCCGCCACGCCCAGACCCGCCGUCAACUACACCGAGAUACGGCUGCAAAUCAAGCUGCCCGACGGCUCCGGACUCACGCAAACUUUCGGGGCCAAAGAGCCGCUUUCCUCGGUGCGAUUGUUCGUCGAGAUGAGUCAGAAAGUGAACGAAACGUCGUUCAGCUUGAUGCGAUCCUAUCCGAGGAAGAUUUGGCACCUGCUGCUGUGCUCUUUGUGA